GGAAACAUCCUCGUCACCUCACUUCAGUCUCAGAUCGUCCGAGGUUGUUUCUUCUGCUCCCUCUGCCAUCCUCCAUGGAAGCUCUCGAAGCUCAAUUCCCAGAAUCUGGGGAAGGCGGAGAAGAUACCGAGCCCUCCGCCCCCAAUCAGCCCGAGGAUUCAUCACCAUCGCCGCCGCCGCCGCUUGAGCCGGAGGGGGACACCUCACUUGCCCCAGAAUCUGGUGCGGAACCGCCUCUGGAACCAGCUGAGGGGUUCGAUUCAAUGCCGGAGCCCCUCUCAGACGACCUGUCUUCGGACGAGCCUCCUUCCGAAGACCCCGAGAAGCCCCCUAAACGGCAGAAAAUCGCCGCCGAUGACGACCCCGCAUUGCCUCAGGAGUCGGAGGACGCCAACGGGAACCAUGGGGAAGCUCUAGAAGGUUCUGGUGCCCGGUCCUCAGGUGCGAGCUCGAAGAAAUCAAAGAAGAAGAGCAACAAUCUGUGGGUGACCAAGUCGACGAGGAAGGGGAAGAAGAAGAGCAAGAAUGGGAGCCACCCCAACGGCCACACUGAGGAGACCGUGCUGAUUGCUCCCUUGAUGAGGUUCCCGGACAAGUCCGACGACUCGCCCGAGAUGACAAUAUGCCUCUCCAAAGUCUACAAGGCCGAGAAGGUCGAGCUGAGCGAGGACCGGAUGAGCGCGUCGAGCACGAAAGGAUACCGAAUGGUGAGGGCCACGAGAGGGGUCUGCGAGGGGGCGUGGUAUUUCGAGAUCAAGGUGGAGAAACUGGGCGAAACGGGGCACACGAGGUUGGGGUGGUCUAUGGAAAAAGGGGACUUGCAGGCCCCCGUGGGCUACGACGGGAACAGCUUCGGGUACAGGGACAUUGAUGGGAGCAAGGUGCAUAAGGCAUUGAGGGAGAAGUAUGGAGAGGAAGGGUACAAGGAAGGUGAUGUGAUCGGUUUCUACGUCAAUUUACCCGAUGGAGGGUCGUAUGCUCCGAAGCCACCUCACGCGGUCUUGUAUAAGGGACAGAGAUAUCUUUGCGCACAAGACCCAAAGGACGAUCCGCCCAGGGUAGUGCCUGGGAGUGAGAUUUCUUUCUUCAAAAAUGGCCUUUGUCAAGGAGUUGCUUUCAAGGAUCUAUAUGGGGGCAGAUACUAUCCUGCUGCUUCGAUGUAUACUCUUCCGAAUCAACCAAGUUGUGCGGGUUUGAUCAUUUGAGGUGACUUCAUCAGCAGCCAUCACCCCCAAUCAAGGUCAUUGGCGACCUCAGUCGUCAUCAUUUUUGCAGCUUUCUCAAGUUAAUUAAUGAAGAAAAAUAUUCUUAGGAAGAUACAUUUAAUGAGUAGAAUCGCUGCGAUCAGUAAAUCCUUCAACAAAGAUCUACAAGCACAAGCAUGUUAAAUUCAUGGGACUGGUGAAUCCAAGCCUUCCUGUAAUGACAAAGGGUGAAGAUUGUGCUGCCGUUGGGAUGGGAAGGAUGGAAUCUUCCGAAACGAAGGCCUCUUACUGAGAUU